UGGGGCGAGCCUGUUUCUUUUUCAGCUUCUGUUUUUCUAUUCAAACAAUCCUUUUUUUUUUUAAGCUUCUGUUUUUUAGCAUCCUUUGUUUUUUUGGCCAGAAUCUGUUUUAAUGUAAUUUGAGCAUAGUGAAGGCAUUUUCCUUCCCAAUGAGUCUCCAUGAUUGAUAGGACUACACAGUUCGCAUAAAAUACCGAGAAGGCUUGGCUUAGUAAUGCUGGGAAUUUCAUAUGGGGAGCUCUUCCUCAUACUUGGAGCAACUGCAGCUCUCAUCGGCCCCAAGGAUCUACCGAUCAUUGCCAGAACUGCGGGUAGGUUAGCUGGCCGAGCCAUUGGCUAUGUCCAAUUGGCCCGUGGCCAAUUCGAAUCUGUUAUGCAGCAUUCCCAAGCUCGCGAGGUGCAUAAAGAACUGCAAGACACUAUGGCACAGCUAGAAGCAAUCCGCCAUGAAAUUCGAAGUAUAUCUUUCAUGAAUCCAGGUCCGAUGACUCGGAGGCUUGUGGAUAAUCUUGACCAAACCUCUAGUGCUGGCAAUGGCGUACCUGAAAGAAUUGAUACGGACACCAAGUCAACUCCUUCUCUGGAUAGUUCAGCAUCUACAGACUUAACUAAUGUGCACAGCAAAGCCACUGCUUUUGCAAGGUUGGCCAACUCUGCAGCUCUCAAGGCUGGAUCCGUGGAAAAAAGUGCAGAAGUAGACAUGCUUAACAAUGAAUCUCUCCCUGUUCUUCCUGUAUCAGCUCAAAGUGCUGGGUUGUUACAAAAUCGUCAGGAUAAUAAUGUAAAAGGAUCCGACAUUGUGUUGGAAGCAAUACUGGAGGCAGAUGUAGCACACAAUGCGAAAGAUUUCUUUGCACAGCCCCAAAAUCAGAUAAAAUAUGAAUAAAAGAUAUUUGGGGUGUUUUUUCCUUGCAAUUGCGCCGAUAGAUAAAAAUGUUAGCUUCUCAAAUGAGAGGAAUUUUGGCAUUUUUUGACAUGCUGGCAGUACUCCCAUUGUUGACCUGUCAAUGUCCUUGUAAGUAGAACUGUGAAACCUCUUUCAUUCUCCAUGCAUCGACUGUAAAUAAUCAUCCAAAUUGGUAGCUAAAUGGAAAAUAGAGUGUAUCUUGGUCUAAAUUGUAUAGAAAUUCCUCACCAGGCAAUCAAUUUGUAUUCUUAAUUUAAAUUUUGGUUUUGACUGUUGGC